AUGGCUCGACACGCGUACCUGUGUUUAGGGGUAUUACUGCUCGCACACUCUGUUAUAAGCGAAUCACGAGUCAAACGUCAAGAAGAGGACAAUGGAGACGAAGCGACCCCGGAACAGCUUUGCGAUGGUCGCCCAGGUGAUGAGUACUUCAGAUUAAGCGCCGAUAAUGAUUGCCGCGAGGUCGUCAGGUGUGACCAAGGAGGUGAAAACGGGGUUACCAGGCUCGCUACUGUGCGCUGCCCCGGUGGACUGGCUUUUGAUAUCGAGCGCCAAACCUGUGAUUGGAAACCCCAUGUUAAGAAUUGCGAUCAAAUAGAAAGUCUUAAACAGAUCACAUGCCCAGCGGGACUGUUUUUCGAUCUCGAAAAGCAAACUUGCGACUGGAAGGGUAAAGUGACCAACUGUGACAAACUUGAGAAACCAAGAAAAAUUUUACCCAUCCUGAAGACAGAUGAGCCAAUCUGCCCUGAAGGAAAACUAGCUUGUGGAAGCAGAGAUUGUAUCGAAAAGGAGUUGUUCUGUAAUGGAAAACCCGACUGCAAAGAUGAAUCUGACGAAAAUGCCUGUACUGUGGAUGUAGAUCCUAACCGAGCACCAGAUUGUGACACCAAUCAAUGCACACUUCCCGACUGUUUCUGUUCCGCUGACGGCACUCGUAUCCCCAAAGGAUUGGAACCUAACCAAGUACCUCAAAUGAUAACAAUUACCUUCAAUGGCGCUGUCAACGUAGACAACAUAGAUUUAUAUGAGCAAAUAUUCAAUGGUAAUCGCCACAAUCCCAAUGGUUGUCAAAUUCGUGGAACAUUCUUCGUCUCGCAUAAAUAUACUAACUAUGCUGCUGUACAAGAAUUGCACCGUAAAGGACACGAAAUUUCAGUUUUCUCUCUAACACACAAGGAUGAUCCGCAAUACUGGACCAGUGGAAGUUACGACGAUUGGUUGGCAGAAAUGGCCGGAGCAAGACUCAUCAUUGAACGAUUUGCAAACAUAUCCGACGCUUCUAUAAUUGGUAUUCGUGCUCCGUACUUAAGAGUUGGAGGCAACAAACAAUUCGAAAUGAUGGCUGAUCAAUACUUUGUAUAUGAUGCUUCAAUUACUGCACCUUUAAGUCGCGUCCCUAUUUGGCCUUACACAUUAUACUUCCGUAUGCCACACAAAUGUAACGGUAACGCUCACAACUGCCCAUCGAGGAGUCACCCUGUGUGGGAAAUGGUAAUGAACGAAUUAGACAGACGUGAUGACCCAACCUUUGACGAAUCUUUACCUGGUUGUCAUGUUGUUGACUCUUGCUCUAAUAUCCAAACAGGAGAUCAAUUCGCUCGCCUUCUGCGUCACAACUUCAACCGUCACUACUCUACAAACCGUGCCCCCUUAGGUCUUCACUUCCACGCUUCAUGGUUAAAAUCCAAAAAAGAAUUCAGAGACGAACUUAUCAAAUUCAUUGAAGAAAUGUUAGAAAAGAAUGACGUCUACUUUACUUCCCUUAUUCAAGUGAUUCAGUGGAUGCAGAAUCCUACAGAAUUGUCGCAGCUAAGAGAUUUCCAAGAAUGGAAACAAGAUAAGUGUGACGUGAAAGGCCAACCUUUCUGCUCUCUGCCAAAUGCAUGCCCACUUACAACUCGUGAGUUACCAGGUGAAACCCUGCGUUUAUUCACUUGUAUGGAAUGCCCUAAUAAUUACCCUUGGAUAUUAGAUCCUACGGGAGAGGGCUUCAACGUUAGGAAG